AUGAAGUCAUUGUCACUAUAUGUUUUGCUAGCCUUUUGUUUGACUCUGGCAUGGUUCACUUUGACCCUUGUCAAACUCGUUCGUUCCCCCUUGAGACGAGUGCCUGGACCAUUUCUUGCACGAUUUACAAGGCUAUGGCUGCUGAAGCAAGUUUACUUUGGGACAUACCCCAAGACCAGUAUCGAGCUCCAUAGAAAAUAUGGGCCCAUCGUCCGCAUAGCACCCAACGAGUACAGCAUCGACGAUCCUGCAGCAGCCAAGAUCAUAUAUGGCAGUGGCCGAGGAUUUACAAAGUCUCCCUGGUAUUAUGCCAGCGGCAAUCCCUUCAGUUCACUCCCCAACAUCUUCGUCGAGCCGAAUCCGCAUAUCCACGCCCAAGCAAGACGAAAAGUCGCGGCAGCUUACUCUAUGACCAACCUGGUCCAGCUUGAGCCUUUCAUCGAUAAAUGCUCGGCUGUUCUUCGGGACCGAUUAGAAGAGUUUGCUCGGUCUGGUACCUCCGUGGAGAUAUCCCACUGGAUGCAGUGCUAUGCCUUUGACGUGAUAGGUAUGAUGACGGUUGGGAAACGAUUCGGCUUCUUAGACUCAGGCGAGGAUAUACAAGGGAUCAUGUCGUCUCUGAGCCAGUACCUGGUUUACUGUUCUAAUGUCGGCGUGUUCCCAGAGUGGCACGAGACUAUCUUCCGCCGACAAAUGCGUUCAAAAACUACAUCAGGCCUGACUCACGUUAGAGAAUUUGCUGAUGCUCAACUGGAGGACAAGCGCGAGAAGGCCAAGACACAUGAAAUCUCCCAUCCCAAUGCGGCAGAGGACUUUGUCACCAAGUUUCUACGCCUCCAAGCCCAGGAUCCGGAUAAGAUCACCAACGCCGACAUCAGUUCUGUGUGCAACAUGAAUGUUGGCGCUGGCUCUGACACCACAUCAAUCAGCUUGACCUCCAUCAUCUUCAACUUGAUCAAGUACCCCGGAGUUCUUGCACGGCUACGUGCUGAGAUCGAAGAACACGAGAAUCAAGGCACAGUAUCGGACCCAAUAACAUUCGCUGAAGCCAAUAAGCUCCCCUAUCUGCAAGCUGUGAUUAAAGAAGGUCUAAGGAUGCAUCCUGCUACUGGUCUCAGUCUCGGCCGGGUGGUUCCAUCAGGUGGUGCGACUUUGGCAGGACAAUACUUCCCUGGAGGGACUGUCGUUGGCAUUAAUGCCUGGGUAGCGCACGCCAACACCAAGGUAUUUGGUCAUGACGCCCACGUAUUCCGACCCGAAAGGUGGCUGGACUAUCCAGAACUGGUCAAAGAACGCGAAGCAUAUUUUAUGACCUUCGGUCAAGGCUCUCGAACCUGUCUGGGCAAGAACAUUAGUCUCAUGGAGCUUGCAAAAGCCAUUCCGCAAAUAGUUCGGCACUUUGACUUUGCUCCAGAUACGGAGUCUGGGGAGCCCGAAUACGCCACAGAGAAUGUUUGGCAGUGA